AUGUCGUCCUUGUCGAAUAGGAUCAACCUGCUAGAGGGGUUACUCAAAGACCGUGGCGUCGUCCCUCCCCCAGCGGUGCACCCACCUAAGACGAGACAAGAAGCACAGGCACGGCAACAGGAGCAGCAUCAGGCCCGGACCGGCAGCGAGCGACUGGAGAGCGCAGAACCAAAGCCAGCCGCACCGCCCGUAAACCACCCCCCAACUCCGCCAGGGUCAGGAGACGAGGACGUCAACAUGACUGAACCAGAGCAAUUGAAAACCUUCCCUUCAGGCGGCCACACCAACUUCUCCAGGCUUAUCGAUCCGCUAUUACUACAAGAUGCGGAGCCAAAGAAGGAGGCGGGGACUCGCCAUCUACUCUGCACAAGGGGAAGCUACACAUUCGACCAAGCAGCCGGUAGGACACGGUUCUUCGGGCCGACAGCCAACCACCAUGUCCACGCGAAAUCAACAAAUCCCCUCGCUCCUCCAGAACAGUCCAACCACAUCUUCAGGGCAGAACAAGUCAUCCUAUCGCUGAGGCCGGCCACCUAUGACCACCUCAUGGGUUGUUUCUGGGACUACUACAACUCUUGGCAACAGGUCGUCGACGAGCCCGCUUUUGAAGCCGGCCGCGCAAGCCAAGACCCGAGGUUUUACUCGCUGUUCCUUCACCUUGCGAUGCUCGCCAUUGGGUACCGCUUUGCCGACUGGGAUCGGGACGAUGUCAAGACCAUCACACUGGGGAACCGGGAAAGCACCCUGCACAGGGAAGCCAAGGCCAUGCUGGAAUCAGAGCUCGAGAGGCCCGGCGGUGUCCCAACUGUCCUGGGGCUGUUGAUGCUGGCUGACUUGGAGUGUGGUGUGGGUCGGGAUACCACCGGCUGGAUGUAUUCUGGGAUGGCGAACCGGCUGGCCUUCGAUGUCGGGCUUCAUGUCAACAUGGCUAUCGCAGACAUUUCCGAACUCGAAAGAGAAACGAGACGCCAGGCCAUGGCAGCGUGCGUCAUGUUUGACCGAAAGUGGGCGCUGUUCAUGGGCCGUCCUACCGCGAUCAAGUCUCAGGAUGUCGGCGUUGACGUGCUGCCAAGGGCGCCCGGGCCUUUCGAGGAUUCAAGUCUUGGAUCUGUGGCGAGUCAUGCUACCAUCAACAGGCAAAUGUUCGAGCUGCUGGAGCUCGCGGGCAAAGUAACCGACUUCCAAAACUCGACAUACGGCGCGGCUCACCUUUUCUCCUCAAAGGCGGCCGAGGAUAGGGCGUAUCUGCAUUUCAUCGGGCUGGAACGCUUGUUCCACAACUGGUACCGCAGGCUUCCCGAGAAUUUGACUUGGAAGCCUGCCAACAUCAAAUCAGCGCAUAUGGGCUUUUUUAUCCUUCACCAGCAGUUCCACGUUUGCAUGAUCCUCCUGCACCGGCCCUGGGCCAAGUAUGGUCCCAUGUCGCUCGACGGGACGGUGGCCGCUCGCUACCCGAGCCCUGGGUCGCCCGCUCAAGGGACCGAAACGAGUCUUCCUUCGUGGAUGGGCCCCCUUCCCCAUCACGACAACAGGGCGUCAAUGUCUCGGAGCAUGUGUACGCAGCACGCCAUCCGAAUCGCACGAAUCUUCUGGCACCACCGCCAGCGCUUUGACGGAAAACGGGUCGUCCUCACGGCGACCCAACAUGCCGGCACGGCGGCCCUCGCCUUGAUGGCUGCGCUGGCACAUAAGAGUGCUGAGCUUGACCACCAUAGUAACCUACGAUAUCUGCAAGUGCUUUCCACUGCCAUCUACGAGAUGAGUCAUCUGUACCAACCAGCCGCGAGGAUGUAUCAGCUCCUCAAGGCCAUGCUUGUCGACAUUCGCUCCGAGAUGGUCAAGUCAGGCGGGUUCGAUGUCAGUGCGUUGGUAGGCAGAUACCAGGGUAGCAACAUGGUGUUUGGCAGCAACCAGUGGACCGCUGGCACCAACCAUACCCGAAUGCCCACUGACCGCCUCGGGGGUGCCCAAGAAGAGGCCCGCGAGAGCAAGCGGCGGCGGCUCUCCAGCUUGUCAUCGGUGGACUUUUCAUGCAUCAGCCCGUCAUUCCUCACCCACACCAACCAAAGUCGCCCGACACCAUCGGUAUCAUCUCAGGCCCAGAGCAUCAACCCCGCCGCACUAGACCAAUCUCCCUCCGAGCCUGGCACCUUCGAUAUGGACUUCUUCCACGCCUCCUUCGUGGACUUUAUCAACACCGGUGGCGAUGGCCCCAACACCCAGGACUGGCCGCCGGCUGACCCCGAUACCUCUGGCCCCGUUCUCAUCCCAAGCGUAUCUGGUGAUAUUUCGGCUGUAGGUAAUAAUAUGGACAGCACACCCGCACCAACCGACGAGAAACCUGUCACCACAACCCCGCCCCCUCCUACCGACACCCCAAACCCAGUCACUACGUCACCCAUCGACGACGAGACAGCGGUAGACAAGACCAUCGAAGACUGGCUAGCCGAACCAACCAAAGCAGUCACACCAGCCUCCACCAAAAACAGCCAUCCGCAACCCCCCACAACGACGACGACGACGACCACCAUCACCACCACCACCGCCCCAUCCCAACCCACACGACCCCCCAAUCACCAACCCGACCCCGUCCCCUCCCCAACCGAACCCCGCGACAGCCUCUCCCACGCAACCGCAGACGGCACCCCGAUCUGCCGCGACCCCUACGUGCUGUCCCUCGAAACCGAGCUCGGCCUCGGCUUCGGCCUCGGGCCCGACCAAGCCCCAGCCCCGGCCACCGCCACCGCCCCGUCCUCGUCCUCCACCACCGCUGAAGCCGAAGCCGAGGCCGAGGCCGACACCGACACCGACACCAUCCACGUCCGCGUCGCCGACGGCAUGGACUGGCUCGCGGCUGCUGCGGCCGCUACGGGUGCUACUGGUGAUGAUGGUAGUGGUAGCGGUAGCGGUGGUGGUGGUGGUGGUGGUGGUGGUGGUGGUGGUAAUAACGGCGGGAAGACAGACGUGAAGACGGACGUGAGCGCCGCGUCCCCCCGCGCGGGGAGCAGUGUGGGGCUGGGUGUGGGGGGUGUCGGGGGUGGUGUGAGCGAGGUCCCGCCGCCGCCGAUGACGCCGGUCACGCUGGACGAGUUGGUGCAGAGCGUCGAGGAGGCGGUCGGGUCGGCGCGGGCGCGGGCGAGGGCAAGGGCUGCUGCUUCUGUGGGGGCCGGUGGGAGUGCGGGUAGUGCGGGCAGUGAGGGAGUUGGUAAUGGUGGUGGUGUGAUGGGGGGAGGGGAGGGGUUGUCGUCUUUGGGGGCGAGGAAUACGGAGUUGGACUUCUUGAUGCUUUGA